GACCGAAGACAAAAUGGAUAGGAGUGGUGCGUUCAGGAGCGUGUCAGUGUAGACUUGGCACCGGGACGUCUCUACAUCGGCUAUCUGGGGAACUUGGACUGAAAGAAACAGAACCUGCACCAGGAUCUUUAGUCUCGCUUUCUAGCCCGGCAUGGACGUUUUGGUGGACACCUGCGGACGGGCACGAGCCGGUUCUCUGCUGUUACUUUACCUUUUUGUGGUGACGGCUGCAGCCGACUGUCCUACGCCACAUGAGGGGGGAAAUAUGGUCUUAACCAACGAUGCCCUUCUAUUGAAUGACUUUCUAGAGGGUUCUGAGGUUACUUUAGAGUGUCGGAAUGGAUAUGUUAUAGAAAGUGGCUCUGGGAUUAUGACCUGCAUUAAUGGGAAUUGGACUCAACCAGAUCUCACCUGCAAAAAGAAGGACUGUGGUCCCCCUAGACCUCAGCCAAACAUGAGCUUUAACACCAGCGCUGGUACUCUGUUUGGCGAUACAGUAAAAGUAGUAUGUGAUAAAGGUUUCAAGCUCAGUGGAUCGAGCUUCAGAAAGUGCUAUGCGUUUGGGUGGAGUGGAAAAGCCAACUGUAGUAUUGUAACAUGCGAUAAACCUGGUGAUGUAACCAAUGGCAGAAGCUCAUGGGAUUCUCAAGAUCAACCAAAAUAUGGAGAAAUCAUACAGUACGUCUGUAAUAACGGAUACACACUCGUUGGGAAAGCUAGCAUUGUGUGCAGCGAAACUGGUAGAUACGAUUCUCCGCCUCCUGCAUGCGAAGGUGUGACAACAGAAACAGUAACGCCAAGAUCUACACCUACAGAAAAAGAAACGUCCCCUUCUACAGACUCAUCUGCCACACCCACAGCUCACAGUACUAGAUCUGUCACAACCAGUGCAACACCUACUGCCUCACCUUCAGUACGAGGUGGCAGAGACAAUGUGACAGCUGAGAGCACAACCACGGUAACAUCAAUGACAUCAUCUUUAUUUCGAGACAAGAAAAAAGAUGCUGUAGAUACUAACAAGGACACUGGAUAUAUGCCUGUGGUAGUCAGUGUGAUAUGCGUUACAGUAGUUGCGUGUAUAAUUGCAUUCUUUUUACACAAGUUUCUUCUGAAGAGAAAAGGCUCAUAUGACACCAGAGAAGACCUGAAGCCGGAGUUAUUACAGUUCCAAAAUCUUUAGAUUGCCUGCGUGACCAAGCUCUGCAAGUGGAACCGUGCACAUCUAUUAAAGAGCGUCUUUGAGGAGGGGCGUGCCAGAAAACGAUGUGCGGAAGAAAGAAACCUCACUUUAAUGUUAUUGCACUUCAAUUGGCAGAUGAUCGAAUCUGUAAAUGUAGGAUAAUUUAAAUCAAGUACUUUUUAUAAUAAUUUUUUUAUUGCCACAUUAUUUUAACAAUUGUAAAUAUGCCAUGCUAUAGUAUUGCUAUUUAGUACAUUAUUUUUGUUAUACACUGGAAUAAACUCUUACUCUUACAUUGCCUC